UAUUAUUAUUGCACAAACUCUAUAGAGAUAAAAAGGCAUUUGGUGAGGCUUUGGAGCUUUGCAGAGAAGCUCAACUCAUCAGCCUAGUCUUUGAAACCCUUUCCAUUUUGGUCAUCUUCUUGUUUGUUGUUAGGCUUGAGCGACAAAAGGUCUCCCAGGGUCUUGCUUUGAAUUAUGAAGCGUUUCAGCUCUACGGAUUCUUUGGAUGCCUUCAUGUCCAUCUGUCGUUCUAAAGUUGUAGAGAAGAAUAGUCCCAAGAGCAAGCAACUUUACAGUAGGGAGUUUCAGACAAUGAUAGAUAGCUUAGAAGAAGAAGACUACAGAGAGGAAGCUAGCCAAUCUACAGAAAAGAAACGAAGAUUAACUUCGGAUCAAGUUAAGGCCUUGGAGAAGAAUUUUGAGGUUGAAAACAAGCUAGAGCCUGACAAAAAAGCCAAAUUAGCUGAGGAAUUAGGCCUGCAACCGCGACAGAUUGCCGUCUGGUUUCAAAACCGCCGUGCCCGUUUGAAAACUAAGGAAUUGGAGAGAGAAUAUUGUCUUCUCAAAGCCAAUUAUGAUUCUCUGAAGAUUGAUUAUAAUAAUCUUGAAGAAGAAAACGAAUCAUUGGCAACUACGUUAAGAGAGUUAAAAGCUAAGCUUUGCCAAGAAAAUGAGGACACCAGUGAUGCUGUUAAAGAGGAUGCCGCUGUUUCAGAACAGAGUAAAAACCUUGAAUUAUGUGAUAAUGUUAACCCUCAGCUACUAAUAUCUCCAGCUUCUUCUUCUUCUCUACAAUUCACUGGCUCUUCUUCAUCUACACAUUCAUCGUUGAAUUGGAUUCAGUUAUCCGACUCCAGAAAAAUGCUGGACAAUGUCUAUCAACAGCCUUAUUUUGUGAAAGUAGAAGAGCAAAGCUUAUUUAAUUCAGAGGAUUCCUGCAAUUUCUUCUCAGUUGAUCAAGCUCCUACUCUGCAGUGGUACUUUACUGGGCAGUAAAACUAGUGAAGAUGCAAAGUUUAAGUCUUUAAAUUAUAUAAAAUAGUUUCAAAUUUUGUAAUUUGGCUUUGAAGUUUAUUCUCCGUAAUGGCGGGAAUAUUGCAGUUCAUUAGUAAAGUUCAGUGUAUAAAUCCUUAUUAACAAAUACAAAAUAAGUUCCAUAACUCAUUUGAAAA